CUUUGAACUUUACUUAGAAUUUGGAUUAGAACAGAGUAGAUUUGGCUUUUUAACAAAUUAAGAAAGUCUCAUCUUUUUAAUCCGUGAUGGGAAGAGACUAACAAAGAUGGAAGAUUUGUUCUCCCUUUCCUCUUCUCUGUGUUAUAUAUGUAUUUCAAAGUUUUCGUUAAUGAAAAUGAGCUGAACAUGAAUGAAGUGCUUUCUUUUUCUUUUUUAAUAUUUUCCAUUAUUGGAACAAAACAAAGGUGCUUUCUUUAAUAAUUUCUGUUUAUUAUUAUUUUAUUGUGCGUCGGUGAUUUAUUCAGUAGAACGGGAAAGUUGAACAGAAAAAAGAGUACUUGGAACGAACUUCAAAACUUUUAUAAGUACUAUACUAGUAGGAAUCUGAAAAAGUCUACUAUUAGAUACUCAGUUUCAAGUGAAGAAGAACAAAAAGAAGAUUACAAGGACUGCACCGUAGGGUAUUAACUGGAAAAAAAGAACCAAGUAAAAGUAAAGAAAAGAUGGGUGAAACAGAGAACCACCACCACCACCACCCACCGCCACCGCAAGCGGCUGCACCGCCGGCUGCACCACCCAAUCUUGCCCUUUCAAGGGGACCUACUUGGACUCCUGCUGAGCAACUCCAUCAGCUUCAAUACUGCAUCCACUCCAAUCCUUCCUGGCCUCAAGCUCUUUUACUAGCUUUCCAACACUACAUUGUGAAUCUUGGAACUACAGUCUUAAUUGCAAGUAAUAUCGUGCCUCUGAUGGGUGGUACUCAUGGUGAUAAAGCCCGGGUUAUUCAAGUGUUGCUGUUUAUGUCUGGUAUAAAUACUCUGCUUCAAACACUUAUUGGCUCAAGGCUUCCCACAGUGAUGGGUGCAUCUAUUGCGUACACCUUACCAUUGUUUUCGAUCAUCAAUGAUUAUAAUGAUGAGGACUUCGCAUCUCCACACGAUCGGUUUGUUCAUAGUAUGAGAACCAUUCAAGGAUCAAUGAUAGUUUCUUCCUUUCUCAACAUCAUCCUUGGGUAUGGGCGGGCAUGGGGGGAGCUGACAAGAUUCUUUAGUCCCAUAGUUGUGGUGCCAGUGGUUUGUCUCGUUGGUCUUGGUCUUUUUGCCAGAGGCUUCCCAUUGCUAGGUAACUGUGUGGAAAUUGGCCUGCCUAUGCUCAUUCUGCUCAUGAUUUGCCAACAGUACCUGAAGCGCAUCCAUUCAAGAGCACAUCUAAUACUUGAGAGGUUUGCUUUGCUUUUAUGCAUUGGUAUUGUCUGGGCGUUUGCUGCUAUCCUCACUGUCUCGGGUGCUUACAACAAUGUUAAGCCUGCCACUAAACAGAGUUGCCGCACUGAUCGAUCUUUCCUAAUGUCUUCUGCUCCUUGGAUCAAAAUUCCAUACCCAUUUCAGUGGGGUACGCCAAUAUUCAGAGCUAGCCAUGUGUUUGGGAUGUUAGGUGCUGCACUAGUUUCAUCUGCUGAGUCAACUGGAACAUUUUUUGCGGCAGCUCGGCUUUCUGGUGCCACAGCCCCUCCAGCACAUGUACUCAGCCGAAGUAUUGGCUUACAGGGUAUCGGUAUGCUGCUUGAAGGGCUUUUUGGUUCUCUUGUUGGUACUACUGCAUCUGUGGAAAAUGUGGGCCUUCUUGGACUUACACAUAUAGGAAGCAGAAGGGUUGUGCAGAUUUCAACUGCUUUUAUGAUAUUUUUCUCCAUAUUUGGGAAGUUUGGUGCUUUUUUUGCCUCUAUUCCAUUGCCAAUAUUUGCUGCCAUUUACUGCAUUUUGUUGGGAAUUGUUGCUGCUUCUGGGAUCACAUUCAUACAAUUUGCAAAUAGUAACUCUAUGAGAAACAUCUAUGUUUUGGGUGUCUCUCUAUUCCUGGGGUUAUCAAUUCCUCAAUACUUCGUAACAAGCAGAACUUUUGAUGGUCAUGGACCUGUUAGAACAAAUGCUGUAUGGUUUAAUGACAUAUUGAAUACAAUCUUCUCAUCACCGGCAACUGUGGCGAUUAUUGUUGGGACUUUGCUUGAUAACACUCUCGAAGCAAAUCAUGUGGAAGAUAGAGGAAUCCCAUGGUGGAAACCAUUCCAGCACAGCAAAGGAGAUGUUAGAACCGAGGAGUUCUACAGCUAUCCCCUCAGAAUAAAUGAAUAUUUGCCCUCCAGGUUUCUCUAAACGUAGUAGCAUACAUUGUUCGUAUAUUAGCUACAAAUUUGGGCAUAUUUCAUGUUUAUAUGUACGAGUCAUGUUAAAUCAUUCAUGAAACCGUCACUUCUGGGUCAAUGCGCAGAAUUUUAAUCUUCUACCGCCUUUUAGUUAUUUUGUUCACUGUUUAGGCUCCAAAUACUCAAGGUAGACAAGUAGUGAAAACAGAUAGAAACUGUGUUUCUGCUUGAUGAUUUAACUUGGUGUGAAAAGAACAGGGUGCUGGUUGAAAGUGCAUUUAGAGAAAGAAAUUAUGUUUUAGUCUUGAAA